GAGACGUGGCCUUUUCCGUGAAAGCAGUGUCCCAGGUCUCUGGACACAGGGCCAGGAGUCCCAACUGGAGAAGACUAACAACAGGCGGUAUGGGGGCCUGGGGAAAGCCGGGGGCCAGGCUGCUGCAGAGGGGCCGUGUGCUCCGUGUUGGGGAGACUGCAGCGUAGAGAAGCAAUGAUGGUUGGCACUCGGGGAGCCAGGCAGGUUACAAAGCACCCCACAGUGCAUCGCCUGGUUCGUCUACAGUGACCCUGCAGCAGCUUGUUCACAGCCGUGUCCCUGACGCGGCUGGGACACAAUUCCUGGGUAACCUUCAAUUCAGCAAGCCCUGGGAGAACCCACCGGUGCCUGGACUAGGGGAGGUGGCGCCUCCCCCAGAAACUACAAGGGCUCAGCGUUUUUCUCAACAAAGCCCUCGUUCAUCAACGAUGGAAAUGGAGCAAGAAAAAGUCAACAUGAGGAAGGGGCUGAGUGCAGACGCGGCCUCGUACCGCUGCUCCGCGUGUCGUGGGGAUGAGGACGGGGUGCUCGGCGCCCCCAUCAGGGGUCGGGCCAAGUCCCGCAGCCUGUCUGCCUCGCCUGCCCUGGCGAGCACCAAGGAGUUCAGGAGGACUCGCUCUCUGCACGGGCCGUGCCCAGUGACCACGUUUGGACCAAAGGCCUGCGUGCUGCAGAACCCCCAGACCAUCAUGCACAUCCAGGACCCUGCCAGCCAGCGGUUGACGUGGAACAAGUGCCCAAAGAGUGUCCUCGUCAUCAAGAAGAUCCGAGAUGCCAGCCUGCUGCAGCCCUUCAAGGAGCUGUGCAUGUACCUGAUGGAGGAGAACAACAUGGUCGUGUAUGUGGAGAAGAAGGUUCUGGAAGACCCCGCCAUCGUGGGCGACGACAGCUUCGGACCCGUGAAGAGGAAGUUCUGCACCUUCAGAGAAGACUAUGAUGACAUUUCCAACCAGAUCGAUUUCAUCAUAUGCCUCGGGGGGGACGGGACCCUGCUCUACGCCUCCUCGCUCUUCCAGGGCAGCGUGCCCCCGGUUAUGGCGUUCCACCUGGGCUCCCUGGGCUUCCUGACCCCCUUCAACUUCGAGAACUUUCAGACCCAAGUUACGCAGGUGAUACAGGGGAACGCAGCUGUGGUCCUCCGGAGCCGGCUGAAGGUCAGGGUCGUGAAGGAGCUCAGAGGGGAGAAGGUGGCCGUCCCCAACGGGCUGGGUGAGAACGGGCUGCUGGCUGCACACCUGGACGUGGAGGUCGGCAAGCAGGUCAUGCAGUACCAGGUCUUGAACGAGGUGGUGAUUGACAGAGGCCCCUCCUCCUACCUGUCCAACGUGGACGUCUACCUGGACGGGCACCUCAUCACCACUGUGCAGGGCGAUGGUGUGAUCGUGUCCACCCCGACGGGCAGCACAGCAUACGCAGCCGCAGCCGGGGCCUCCAUGAUCCACCCCAACGUGCCAGCCAUCAUGAUCACGCCCAUCUGCCCCCACUCGCUGUCAUUCCGGCCCAUUGUGGUCCCGGCAGGGGUUGAGCUGAAGAUCAUGCUGUCCCCAGAAGCCAGGAACACGGCCUGGGUGUCCUUCGAUGGACGAAAGAGACAGGAGAUCCGCCAUGGAGACAGCAUCAGCAUCACUACCUCCUGCUACCCGCUGCCCUCCAUCUGCGUGCGGGACCCUGUGAGCGACUGGUUCGGGAGCCUGGCCCAGUGUCUGCACUGGAACGUGAGGAAGAGACAGGCCCACUUUGCCGAGGACGAGGACGAGGACGCGGACGCAGAGGACGGGGAGGGCUAGGCCGCGCUGCUGCGGCCGCGCUCAGGCCCCCCGAGCGCCCUGCCUCCUGCCAUUACUGCCUCCUGCCCACGCCCCCUCCCGGAGCACGCCGGCCUGAAGGGUCACGGCCGUGCGGGCAUCCGGUGUCACUUCUCCUGCCUGUAGCCAGAGAGCGAGCCUGGAACCUGCCUUUUCUUGACCAAAUCAGCCGUUUUUAACAUUUUAAAUCUGACUUCUUUUUGCGUUUCUAAGUAAGCCGAACGGAGGCCGAGCUCUGAUGCCAGCACCGCGCCCCCGUCUUGUCAGUCAGAGUCUGUCCCCAGGGCAGGGCUGCGCGUGGCACAGGCUACCUGUGACCCUCGUCAGGAAACUCCACGAACCAGUCUGUUAAACUCAGAGGGGGUCAGGACGGAGAGAUCUUCCUUUAAUGUUGCAAAUAAAUGUCUCAGCCAGAGAUCUUCUUUCAGCCGCCACAGUUUCCCCUGCUUCUGCUCCUUUUCCUCUGAAGGUCCUGGAGGGGAGGCCUCCCCCAAGAGCAGGUAGGAGUUGGUUGGCAGCGUCCCUGCCCUUUGCUGGGGUCUGCACUGGGGCUGCCCACACCCUCCUGCCUCGGUCCCCGCCUGUCUCCGAGCCCUGCUUUGCUGUGUCAGGUGCUGCAGUGCGCCACACCGUGGCCCGUGAGCCAGGUGGCAGGUGGACCCACACACAUUCCUCACAAGUCAGGGUCCACCCUCUGCGCCCUGGAAGAGAUUUAAAUCCUGUGUAUACUUGUUAGAGAUUCUCAUGUAUGGGUUUUAUCAGGUGCACUGAAGAGUCCAGAGGAAAGGGGUUUGUACUGUCAUGAAGUGGAGUUUUGUGCCGUGUUUACAUGUGUUCUGUGUGACAUGUGCUGGGACCCUCUGUCCAGUCCGGCAUGGUCACCGUGGGUGGGGGUGAUGGUUCACACAGAGAAAUGGGUGACUUGGUAAGCUGUGGUCUUGUACACUUGUCACAAGAAGAUUGGGACAAAUAGGUUGGUGCAGAGAGCGGUGGUGGUGACAUUCAUGUUGGUUCUGUUCUUUGUCCCUGUGGGUCCUGGGGUGCUUGGAAACCGUCAUUCCAGUACUCACUCCUCCUUUGGCAGCCAGGGCCGGGUGGGGGUGGCGUGUGUGUGAGUGUGGGGUCCAUGGGCAGAGUCGAGGCUCAGUUUGCAUGUGGCUUUGCUCCCUCGCCCAGCAGGCACCCUAAAUAUGGGCCUGUUGAGUGACUGGUUUGUCUCUGUGUUUUCAUGUGCUCAUUUGGCGAGAAGGGAAGAGCUGUCCCCCCCGUCCCUGCCAUCCUGGGUCUCGCUUGUGCAGUGAUGGGUGGGGCUGUGCCUUGCCCAUUUGGAAGGUCCACACGGGCAGCCACCUUUGGAGUCUCCACUGUCCAUGCACAUCCAUCAAGCACUGUCCCCCACUCUUGCCUCUCUGGGUGCCUCGGUGGGCUGGCAGUUGCCUGGUGUUGGACUAGAGGCCGGUUCUCACCGCCAUCUGCCUGCCCACCGGCCUCCCUCUGGCUGAGGGGCCGACCCAGCCCGGCUUUAGGUCCAAAGAGCGGCGUUCAGAAUCCAGGUCACUUGUUCAGACAGAAAAGCAAGUGUCAGCCCUAAAGCAGCAUGAUGUUGGAAUGAUCUAGAAGGCUUUGGAUUUUUUGAAGCAAAUUCUUAAUGUUUCAUAUUGUUAAUAUCCUGAAAAUUUGUUAAAUGAUGUUGAAAGCCUUAUUACUAUUUUCAGAUCCUUUCAAUAAACAGACUUGUUAUAAAGUUG